AUUCGCUCGUGAUCCUGCUUACGCUGAUGUCUUAAAGAUUCAGCUCCGCAGUUGAAUAAGUUUACACUACCGAUUCUCUCAGAGGCCCGUCCACAGAUUGCACACGUCGACGUGGUGAUUCUGGAGUCAAUCGCUACAGUCAUGUCCCUUGCUCCCCCAUUUACCGAAGAAACGGCACGCCUAAAAGUGAAAAAGGCCCAAGACUUAUGGAAUACCCGAAAUCCAGAGGCGGUCGCCAAAGCCUACACUGAAGACUGCAUCUGGCGCAACCGGACCACGUUCAUCAAAGGAACCGACGAGAUUAUUGCCUUCUUGACGAAGAAAUGGCAGCGAGAGAUUGACUAUCGCUUGCGCAAAGAGCUCUUUGCCUUCACAGACAACAAGAUUGCGGUGCAAUUUUGGUAUGAAUAUCGGGAUGCAGACGACGGCAAUGCUUGGAAGCGAUGUUAUGGGCUCGAAGAUUGGACGUUCGCUGAGGACGGGAGAAUGAAAAAGAGGCAGAUGUCUGGCAACGACCUUAAUCUCGGUGUUGGUGAGCGGUGGUUCGUUGACGGGGUUGAUGUAAAUGAAGUCGACAUCAGCGAGAAACACUGGUAGACAGCGGCGCUCCGUUGUCCAAAAACAAGGCCUCAAUGCGUGUAUUCGUGUGGCUCGACCGUUCAACGUUUGCUCAAGCGGGUGGCGUGUCGUGUAUAGCAACUAGCAAGUAUUUUGGACCUAUCUCAGUUUAGCAAUCGAGAAAACAUCAACCUCUCCAUGUGGAGGACGUACUAGGUACAAUUACCAGCUCG